GAUAAACAACUUAUUAACAAAAAAGUGGUACACCCCUUAGAAAACAAGUCAUCGUUAUCUUCCUCUGUGCCUGCCUAUGUGACGUCAUUUUUUUCCGAUGCCAAUUCUGUAAGACCGAAGAAGCGGUUAGUUCUGCCGAGUGGAGCGCAUCCAAUCGACGCCCUUCGAUGCCUGCUGUUCCAAUUCUCCGGCGCCUUCAGUAGUAUCAUUCCUCUCUCCGUCAGAUCCAAUUCCUCCAGCAACGCGCAUUAACGGAAGAGAUCGCAUGGAAUCGGCUGGUGGUGGUAUAAGGGAGACAUCUGUUAUAGUUGUGACAUUGGAUACUGGUGAAGUAUAUAUAAUUGCGAGUUUGUCUUCUAGGCUCGACACUCAGGUUAUACAUGUUGAUCCCACAACUGGAGUGCUUCGCUACAAUGCGAAGCCAGGAUUUGAUGUUUUCAAAUCCGAAAAGGAAGCAUUGGAUUACAUUACAGACGGAUCACACUGGUCGUGUAGGAGUACGACCUAUGCGCAUGCAAUAUUAGGUUAUGCUUCUUUGGGCAGCAUUGGUUUGCUUCUUGUGGCCACCAAGUUGACUGCUAGUGUCCCGAAUUUGCCUGGUGGAGGGUGCAUUUAUACGGUGACUGAGAGCCAAUGGAUCAAGAUUCAACUUCAGAAUCCACAACCACAAGGGAAAGGAGAAGAAAAGAAUGUUAAUGAAUUAACUGAUCUUGACAUUAAUGGGAAGCACUACUUUUGUGAGGCAAGGGAUAUCACUCGACCGUUUCCUAGCCGUAUGUGCUUGCGUGAGCCUGAUGAUGAAUUUGUUUGGAACACCUGGUUCUCGAUGCCUUUCAAAAACAUUGGGUUGCCGCAGCAUUGUGUCACUCUUCUGCAGGGUUUUGCGGAGUGUCGAACUUUUGGAACCUUAGGGAAGGUGGACGGAAUUGUUGCUCUCAUAGCUCGUCGUAGUAGGUUGCAUCCUGGUACUCGGUACUUGGCUAGGGGAUUGAAUUCUUGUUUUAGCACAGGAAAUGAAGUGGAGUGUGAGCAACUUGUAUGGGUCCCUAGAAGGGCUGGUCAAACUGUUCCUUUUAACACAUACAUGUGGCGACGCGGCACAAUUCCAAUUUGGUGGGGUGCAGAGUUAAAGAUUACUGCUGCAGAAGCUGAAAUAUACGUUUCGGAUAGUGAUCCUUAUAAAGGAAGUUCGGAGUACUACCAGAGGUUGAGUAAGAGGUAUGAUGCACGAAAUUUUGAUGUAGCCGUUGGGGGGAGUCGGAAUAGAAAAGCGUUUGUGCCAAUUGUAUGCAUCAACUUGCUUAGGAGUGAAGAAGGAAAGUCAGAACGUAUUUUAGUUCAACAUUUUGAGGAAUCUUUAAACUACAUAAAGUCAACUAGAAAACUUCCUUAUACUCGAAUUCACUUGAUAAAUUAUGACUGGCAUGCCAGUAUAAAAUUAAAAGGUGAACAGCAAACCAUUGAAGGAUUAUGGAAACAUCUAAAAGCACACACUGUUUCCGUAGGCAUUUCUGAAGGAGAUUUUUUGCCUUUGCGGGAAAGAAUUAAGGACUGCAGAGGAGAAAUUAUCUACAAUGAUGACUUUGAAGGCGCCUUCUGCUUAAGAUCACGUCAAAAUGGUGUGAUACGCUUCAACUGUGCUGAUUCUUUGGAUAGGACAAAUGCUGCAAGUUAUUUUGGCUCCCUCCAGGUUUUCGUGGAGCAGUGUAGGCGGCUUUGUAUAUCACUUGAUAGUGAUUUGGCAUUUGGUUAUCAGUCAAUGAGUAAUUAUGGUGGCUAUACUGCUCCUUUGCCACCAGGCUGGGAGAAGAGAUCUGAUGCAGUAACAGGGAAAACUUUUUAUAUUGAUCACAAUACUAGGACCACGACAUGGACGCAUCCGUGUCCCGAUAAACCUUGGAAGAGAUUUGAUAUGGCAUUUGAGGAAUUUAAGAGGUCAACAAUUUUAUCACCGGUAUCCCAGCUUGCUGAUAUUUUUCUGCUUGCGGGUGAUAUUCAUGCAACACUUUAUACCGGUUCGAAAGCUAUGCAUAGCCAAAUCCUUAGCAUCUUCAAUGACGAUGCAGGAAAAUUCAAACAAUUUUCUGCAGCACAGAAUAUGAAAAUUACUUUGCAGCGGAGAUAUAAAAAUGCAGUUGUAGACAGCUCUCGUCAAAAGCAACUGGAAAUAUUUCUUGGCAUGAGACUAUUCAAGCAUCUUCCAUCAGUUUCUUUUCACCCUCUUAACGUUGUCUCUCGACCAUCUGGUUUCUUCCUUAAGCCUGUUGCUAACAUGUUUCCAAGUUCCAAUGGUGGAGCCAGUCUUCUGAGUUUCAAGAGAAAGGAUCUAGUCUGGGUUUGCCCACAGGCGGCAGAUGUUGUCGAACUUUUUAUCUAUCUAGGUGAACCUUGCCAUGUUUGUCAGCUUCUUCUCACAAUAUCCCAUGGUGUAGAUGAUUCAACUUAUCCAUCAACAGUUGAUGUAAGGACAGGACGCUCUUUAGAUGGGCUAAAACUUGUCUUGGAGGGUGCUUCGAUACCUCAUUGUGUAAAUGGAACAAACCUCUUGAUACCCUUAACAGGGGCAAUUAGUCCAGAGGAUAUGGCUGUAACAGGAGCUGGUUCACGUCUUCAUGCUCAAGAUACAUCUACCCUUCCAUUAUUGUAUGAUUUUGAAGAACUGGAAGGAGAACUUGACUUCCUUACUCGUGUAGUUGCCCUUACAUUUUAUCCUGCCGUCUCUGGAAAGAGCCCUAUCACUUUUGGUGAGAUAGAAGUCCUUGGAGUUUCUCUUCCUUGGAAGGGUGUAUUUACUAACGAAGGCCCUGGUGCAAGAUUACCCGAACAAGCUAAAAACCUUCAGAAUGAAAACAAUCUUUUUUCCUCUGGGUCAAAAACCAAUCCAUUUUCCGGUGCUUCAUCUAAUGAAAAUGUGACGGUACCAGUGCAACCAAGUGCAUCUGCCAACAAUUUGGUUGACCUAUUGACUGGAGAGGUUGUGCUUUCAGAACACUUUGCUGCACCAGUGAUAGAAAUGCUGAGGACAACGGAGAGUGACUUGCUUGAUUUCUUGGACCAAGCUAUUGUUGAAUAUCAUGGUGCUGAAACUGAUCAUAAAUCACAUGAUGGAAAACCUUCAGAUAGCAGUUCCCAGCAGUACAUUGAUUGUUUGAAAUCCAUUGCUGGGCCACGUAUGGAAAAAAAACUAAACUUCAUGGAAGCCAUGAAACUUGAAAUUGAACGCCUUCGGCUGGACAUUUCUGCUGCUGAAAGGGAUAGAGCUUUGUUAACUAUAGGAACUGUUCCUGCUACUCUAAACCCUAACGUUUUACUUGAUGAACAAUACAUGGGAAGAUUGUGUAGAGUUGCAAACUCCCUUGCACUGCUUGGACAAGCAUCCUUGGAAGACAAAAUUACAUCUGCUGUUGGUCUUGAGACUACUGAUGAUACUGCAAUAGAUUUUUGGAAUAUAACUAGCUUUGGUGAGCGCUGUUAUGGCGGCAUGUGUGAGGUGCGUGCUGAAACUAAUGCACCUACACGUGCUUCCUUUUCGGAAUCAUCAGGGGGAUCUUCCCAAUCUCUCUUCUUAUGUUCCCAAUGUGAAAGGAAAGUUUGUAAAGUUUGCUGUGCUGGGAGAGGGGCCCUUCUGGUUGCAGGCUAUGGCUCAAGGGAGGCCAUGAGUUACAAUGGUGUGGUAAAUCAGGGGGGAUCAGGCCAUGGUGUCCAGGUUGAUGUCUCAACAAAUCAUACAGUCGUGCUGGAUAGUGUUAUUUGUAAAAGAUGCUGCGAUGAUACUGUGCUUGAUGCAUUGAUCUUGGACUACGUCAGGGUCUUGGUAAGCAAGAGGAGAAGUGCCCGUGCAGAUUCUGCUGCCCAUGAGGCCUUGAACCAAGUGAUUGGAUAUUCGGUAAGGAAUUGUCUUUCUGAAAGGAAUCAGUCUCCGGAUAGACCGAGAACUAUUAAAGUUCUGCAGAAAUUACUUGGCAGUGUGGAAUCGCUAGCUGAGUUUCCAUUUGCCAGCUUUUUACACUCGGUUGAAACGGGAGUAGAUUCAGCACCAUUCUUGUCCUUGCUUGCUCCUCUUGAAUCUGGAUCACGACAUUCAUACUGGAAAGCUCCUCCUAGUACCACUACUGUUGAGUUCGUUAUUGUUCUUGGCACCCUUUCUGAUGUUAGUGGGGUUGUUUUGCUUAUUAGUCCAUGUGGUUAUUCUGAGGUUGAUGCUCCCACCGUGCAAAUCUGGGCCAGCAAUAAAAUACACAAAGAAGAAAGGUCAUGCAUGGGAAAAUGGGAUUUGCAGUCCCAGAUCACGUCUUCCUCAGAAUAUUAUGGACCAGAAAAGUCGGUUAGAGAAAAUGAAGUGCCUAGGCAUGUGAAGUUUGAAUUUGGGAAUCCAGUUCGAUGCCGCAUUAUUUGGAUAACAUUACGCCUUCAACGACCUGGUUCAAAAUCUCUUAAUUUGGACAACUUGAAUCUCUUGUCUCUUGAUGAAAAUCCAUUUGCAGAAGUAACUCGGCGUGCGUCUUUUGGAGGAAAAGUUGAAAGAGAUCCCUGUAUUCAUGCCAAAAGGAUACUGGUAGUCGGAAGCCCGGUGAAAAAAGAGAUGGUAGAUACAUCACAAGGCUCCGAUCCGAUGAAUCUGAAAGGCUGGCUGGAGAGAGGUCCACCACUGAAUAGAUUUAGGGUUCCCAUCGAGGCUGAGAGGCUGUUGGACAAUGAUAUUAUUUUGGAGCAAUAUCUUUCUCCUGCAUCACCUUUGCUUGCCGGAUUUCGUCUUGAUGCUUUUGGUGCAAUAAAGCCUCUGGUUACCCAUUCACCCUUUUCAAAUGCACGCAUCUGGGAUACGUCAGCAGCACUUGUAGACGAGAGACACAUCUCUCCAGCCGUUCUGUAUAUACAAGUAUCUGCUGUCCAGGAACCGCACAGCAUCGUAACGAUUGCAGAAUAUCGCUUGCCAGAGGCCAAGUCUGGAACUGCCAUGUACUUUGAUUUCCCUCAGGAGAUACAAACCCGCAGAAUUAUAUUUAAACUGCUUGGAGAUAUUAGAGCAUUUGCUGAUGACCCAACGGAGCAGGAUGAUGCUGGUUCCAGAGCUGUACCGGUGGCUGCAAGCUUGUCAUUGGCCAAUAAAAUUAAGUUGUAUUACUACGCUGAUCCGUACGAACUUGGAAAAUGGGCAAGCCUCUCGGCCGUUUGAAUUAGUUUUCUUAUCGAUUUGUGGUUGUGUAUUCCCCCAUUCAUAUUUUAUUUUUCGCUGUUGUAAUCAUUCGUUAGUAGUAUUUUUACGUUGAGAUUAUAUGUAGUGUUAGGAAAUCAGUAACACGUCUCUUUGUCGUGCGAGAAUAUGAUGAGAUUUGUUUAAGACCUUAGUCUGGAGAAUAUUUUGCUGGGAACUUGGUCCAGUAUACUAAACUUUGUAAACUUAUGACU